AUGGGAGAGCAUGAAGGGUGGGCACAGCCACCAAGCGGGCUAUUACCAAAUGGCCUAUUGCCCAACGAAGCUGCCUCUGUGAUCAGAGUGCUUGAUUCGGAGCGAUGGUCAAAGGCUGAAGAGAGAACUGCAGAGCUUAUUGCCUGCAUUCAGCCCAACCAGCCCUCUGAAGAGCUUCGCAAUGCUGUUGCAGAUUACGUGCAGCGGCUUAUCGCAAAGUGCUUUCCUUGCCAGGUUUUCACCUUUGGUUCUGUACCACUUAAGACUUAUUUACCUGAUGGGGAUAUUGACUUAACAGCCUUCAGUAAGAAUCCAAAUUUGAAAGACUCAUGGGUUCAUCAGGUUCGUGAUAUGCUGGAGAAUGAGGAGAAGAAUGAAAAUGCUGAAUUCCGAGUGAAGGAGGUUCAGUACAUUCAGGCAGAGGUAAAGAUAAUAAAGUGUCUUGUGGAAAACAUUGUGGUAGAUAUUUCAUUUAACCAACUUGGUGGACUGUGUACCCUUUGUUUCCUUGAAGAGGUUGAUAAUUUGAUAAAUCAAAACCAUCUAUUCAAGCGUAGCAUUAUACUGAUAAAGGCCUGGUGUUACUAUGAGAGCCGUAUACUGGGUGCUCACCACGGGUUGAUCUCCACUUAUGCUUUGGAAACCUUGGUUCUAUAUAUAUUUCACGUUUUCAACAAUUCCUUUGCGGGUCCUCUUGAGGUUCUUUAUCGUUUUCUUGAGUUCUUCAGUAAGUUUGAUUGGGAUACUUUCUGUGUUAGCCUCUGGGGUCCUGUACCUAUUAAUUCACUUCCUGAUGUAACAGCGGAACCUCCUCGAAAGGAUGGUGGAGAGUUACUACUUAGCAAAUUAUUUCUUGAGGCUUGUAGUGCAGUAUAUGCUGUUUUACCUGCUGGACGAAAUAAUCAAGAGCAACCCUUUUUGACCAAACACUUCAAUGUUAUUGAUCCUUUGCGUGUAAAUAACAACCUGGGUCGUAGUGUCAGUAAAGGUAACUUUUUCAGGAUACGCAGUGCAUUUGCGUUUGGAGCUAAAAGGCUAGCUAGGUCACUUGAUUGCCCCACAGAAGACCUAUGUUUUGAAGUAAAUCAGUUCUUUCUGAACACCUGGGAGAGACAUGGUAGUGGCCAUCGUCCUGAUGCGCCAAGGAGUGAUUUUUGGCGAUUGAGAUUGCCAAAUCAUGAUCACUUGCAUGAACCUGAGAAUCUCAGGAACAAUUCAAGUAGCAAACCUUCUGGUCUUGAAGUUAAAGAUGCAGCCCAUGGCACACAUAGUGUUCACUCCCAGCAUGAUAAUUAUUCCUCAGAAAGCACAUCCAAAGGUAGUGAAGUUGCAACAGUUUCUCAUACUCAAAGCCAAAAGACUUAUGCUGACACAAACAGCACAAGGACCACCUCUGAUCAGAGUAGAAGGGAAUCUACUUCCAAUCAAAGCUUGCAUGUUGAUAAAAGUCAGAGAAGUGCAAAACCUGACAACUUUGUCGCUGACUUUCAGGGAAGGUAUUCUUUUGCGAGGACACGCUCUAGUCCUGAGCUUACCGAGACAUAUGGUGAAAUUUCUUCUCAAGGAAGGCAUAACAAAGUCCAGGAUAGUGGAAAAGGCCAGGCCCCAUCUGCUGGGCUAGAUCAUAGCAGGAGGAAAAACCUGGAAGCUGAUAAUUCGGCAAAUCAUGAUAUUAGCUCUUCAACUGAUGAUCCUUCAUCUGUUAGGCAUGCCAUUUCCCAUCAAAGCCUCGAUCCUGCAGCUGCUUCAAAUAGUUACCACAAUGAUUCAGGCUUGGGUGCCAUGGGUGAAGAAUUGGUUUCCAUCCUGGGGACACAGGGGAUGCAUCAGGAAGAGCAAGAUCUUGUGAAUGUGAUGGCUUCUUCUACAGGUCUGGGUUUCAGUGGACAGGUUCAUGUUCCUCUGAAUAUGGCGCCCAGUCACGUAUCUCCAAUGGGAUAUGGUCAGACAAAUAUGGGUGUAAUGGGGCCCACUAAUAUUCCCUUCAUUGAGACUCCUUGGGGUUCAAAUAUGCAAUUUCCUCAAGGUUUGAUUUCUUCACCGUUAACCCAUUAUUUUCCUGGCAUUGAAUUGGGUUCAAACCAAGAAGAUUCCAUUGAACCUGGUAAUGAGAAUUUUGCUCUCAUGGAAAUGAAUGUUAGGGAGACUGAUUUUGAUUUCUGGCAUGAGCAGGAGAGGGGCUCCCCUUGUGGGUUUUAUGUUGAUAAUGCAAGCUUUGAGAUGCAUCAAUCAUAUGAUUCACAGCCUAGUUCAUCUAGUUAUAAUUUUGUUCGAUCAUCUCAAAGGGGUGGCUCUGGCAACUCUUUGAGAGUUCAUAAGAAGUUCCCCAGAGAAACCCGAGUGUCAGCCAGGGAAGAACCUAUAGAUGCUUUAACAUAUCAAGAAAAGAGAGGUACUGAAGAAUACUUUGAUGAUAGAAGUGCAAGUUCAAGGUCCUUUCCUACCGUGAGAAGUAAACCCCCAUCCGAGAGUUCGUGGGAAGGAUCAUCAGUAAAGGUGUCAAAGCUCGUAAAGGAAAAGAGAGGUAGGAAAAUGGUUUCUUCUGCAGUGCAGUCUUCUGUUUAUGGAAAAGGUAAGAGUGCCUCUGAAUAUUCUUCCAGUCAGACAGAUGAUGAUGACAAAGAAUGGAAUACGGUAUCAACAAUGGGCCCAGGACCUGAAAGAAGUGCGGGAUCCCAAUCUGAAUCUGCUGCUUCUUUGCAUGUUUCAAGGCAUCAAGUACCUGGAUAUGAAUCAGCACAGCAGAGUGAAUCUGAGUCGUUGAUACCCAUUGCUCCAGUGCACUUAGGUCCUGGUUCACGGCAGAGAUCUACAGAUAAUUCAGGGGCUGUUCCUUUUACGUUUUAUCCUACAGGGCCACCAGUUCCAUUUGUUACAAUGCUUCCACUGUACAACUUCCCAACCAAGACAGGAACUUCUGGUGCAUCAACAAGCCAAGUUGGCAGUGAGGAGGGCCUUGAUAACAGUGACUCUGGUCAAAAUUUUGGUUCAUCUGAGGGGCUAGAUCAAUCUGUGGUUUUAAGUACUUCCAGUUCUAUGAGAAUGGCGGCUUCUGUUGAGCCAUUGGAACACAAAUCUGACAUUCUUAAUAGUGAUUUUGCUAGCCACUGGCAAAACUUGCAGUUUGGGCGGUUGUACCAAAACACACGAAAUCCUGCACCUAUGAUUUAUCCUUCGCCUGUUAUGGUGCCACCUGUCUACUUACAGGGUCAUUUUCCAUGGGAUGGUCCUGGGAGACCUGUUUCAACCAACAUGAAUCUUUUUACUCAGCUUUCGAGCUAUGGGCCUCGUAUUGUUCCAGUUGCUCCUCUACAGUCUGCAUCGAAUAGACCUGCUGGUGUCUACCAACAUUAUGUUGAUGAAAUGCCUAGAUAUCGUGGUGGUACUGGGACCUACUUGCCGAAUCCAAAGGUAUCCGUCCGAGACCGGCAUGCUACAAAUAUGAGAAAGGGAAACCACAACUACAAUAGAAGUGACCACCACAUUGAUAGGGAAGGGAACUGGAAUAAUAAUUAUAGAGCACGGGCUGCUGGGCGCAGCAACAGUCGUAGCCAAGCUGAAAAGUCAAAUUCAAGUCCAGACCGGUUGGCAGUAGGUGAGACCCAAGCUGAGAGGACAUGGGGAUCACAUAAACAUGAUACAUUCCCUUCAUACCAGUCUCAGAAUGGUCCAAUCCGCUCAAACUCCAAUCAGAGUGGUUCCGCCAAUGUGGCAUAUGGCAUGUAUCCAUUACCAUCCUUGAAUUCUGGUGGAGUGUCAUCAGAUGGACCUACCAUUCCAUCUGUUGUCAUGCUUUCUCCCUAUGAUCAUAAUGCUGGCUAUGGUUCUGCAGAACAUCUUGAGUUUGGGUCUCUUGGGCUGGUAGGUUUCUCAGGUGUAAACGAGACCUUGCAUUUAAAUGAUGGGAGUCGAUCAAGUGGGGGAUUUGAGGACCAAAGGUUUCAUAGAAGCUCUGUUCAACGGCCAUUGCCAGAUCAGCCUUCUUCACCCCGUGUCCAGAGGUAG